AUGGAAAAAGCAUUAGAAUUGGACAAGGAAUAUCCGAACUGCCUCAAAAAUGAAUUUAACAUUCCUACGUUCAAAUCCAUUGGGUUAUCCCCCGACAAUAAGCCUGUGACGUACUUGUGCGGGAACUCUUUGGGAUUAAUGCCCAGGUCAACUAGAGACUCAAUCAAUGCUGAAUUGGACGCAUGGAGCAACUGUGCUGUGGAGUCACAUUUUAAACAUCCUGAGGAAGCCGAGGGCAAAGUUCCCUGGAUGGACAUUGAUUUACCUAUUCUUCCGCUAUUAGCCCCCAUCGUCGGUGCUCAAGAAAAUGAGGUUGCAGCAAUGAAUAGUCUUACCGCAAAUUUGAAUUCUUUAUUAAUUACAUUUUACAAACCUACUGAAAAGAGAUUCAAAAUUCUUUUCGAGAAGGGUUCCUUUCCAUCAGAUUAUUAUGCUUUUUACAAUCAAUGUAGAAUUCAUGGAAUCUCGGGACCUGAAAAUGCUCUGAUCCAAAUCGAGCCACGGGAGGGAGAAACGUUCAUUAGAACUCAGGAUAUUUUGGAUACUAUAGAAGUGAAUCAAGAUGAAUUGGCCUUAGUAUGUUUGUCAGGUGUGCAAUAUUAUACGGGCCAAUAUUUUGAUAUCGGCCGAAUUACCUCUUUUGCACACCAAUUCCCGGGAAUCUUGGUUGGAUGGGAUCUGGCACAUGCCGUAGGAAACGUUCCAUUACAACUUCAUGAUUGGGGUGUGGACUUUGCUUGUUGGUGUUCCUAUAAAUACCUGAAUGCCGGGCCCGGUGGAAUUGGUGGCUUAUUCGUUCAUUCGAGGCAUACCAAAGCUGACCCAACUAGAGGGGAUUUGCCAAGACUAGCUGGUUGGUGGGGUAACGAUGCAGCCAAGAGAUUCCAAAUGCUGGAAGUUUUUGAGCCAAUUUCGGGAGCGUUGGGAUUUAGGCAAUCCAAUCCAAGUGUCAUUGACACGGUAGCAUUGAGGACCUCAUUGGAAUUGUUUGCAAAGUUUAAUGGCAUUGCUGAAAUCCGUAAAAGAUCUUUGUUAUUGACAAAUUAUAUGCUGGAAUUAUUGGAAGCCUCCAAGUACUACAAGCAUCCUUUAAAGAUUGAGAAAUUACCAUACUUCUUUACAAUACUAACGCCAACGGGAGCUGAUCAAGACCAUGGGGCUCAGUUGUCACUUUGCUUUGAUUCUGAUACUGGAAAAGGGGAUAUCAUGCCCAGAGUAUUCCAAUAUUUGCACGAUCAUGGUGUUAUCGGUGAUGCAAGAAGACCUAAUGUAAUUAGGUUGGCGCCCGCCCCCUUAUAUAAUACGUUCUCAGAUGUGUACAUUGCGGUGAAUGCACUCAACGAGGCAAUGGACAAAUUGUAG